GUUUCAACCCAUCACUAAAGCCGGAUUUUGCACAUCAUUUUGCAAAUAAAAUGAGCCUGACAAAACGACUCCUGCACAUUUUCCCUCGUUGUAGUUUCGCGAAGAGGUCUCAUCCCUCUGCGGAUCGCAAUUCGCAGCCAAUUUCGGAGGCGCUUCUUUCCCAAGUCGACAGGAGCACCCAAAACUUGCAAUUGCUGGAGAUUGCAUCGGGAUCCGGACAACAUGUGGGAUUCCUGGCGCCCCUGCUGCCCAACAUCACCUUCCAACCGACGGAGUACGAAAGGGGCCAGUUCGAAUCGAUAUCCGCCUAUGCGCAGGAUUGUUCAACCGGCAAUAUCCGAGCACCCCUUCAUGUGGACAUCAGCCGGGAUCCCAAGGACUGGGAGAAUCCCCCUGUGCCAGCCAGCUACGAUUACAUGUUCAACUCCAACAUGAUGCACAUCAGUCCGUGGAUCUGCUCCAUAGGACUUUUCCACGCCGCCGGGCAGCUGCUGAAGAAAGGUGGCCGGAUGUUUACCUAUGGACCCUACGCCCAGGACGGUGUCCUUGCUCCGCAGAGCAAUGUGGACUUCGACUGGAGCCUACGGCAGAGAGACUCCUCCUGGGGCGUUCGCGACAUCAGGGAUCUGAAGGUCCUGGCGGCCCAGAACGGCCUCCAGCUGGAGAAACUCACGGAGAUGCCGUCGAACAACAAGUUUCUGACCUGGCUUAAGCUGUAAAAUAGUGCACUAGACUAAGGCUAUGGGGCGAUUAAACCCUCUAAGAUAACAACGUUUAUUUGAAGGCAAUAAAUUUUAUUGCCAAGUGUGA